AUGCUCGUCGUCGGACGUUUCAUCAACGGUCUUUGCGUUGGAAUCGCCUCUGCCCAAGUGCCUGUCUACAUCGCUGAACUUGCACCUCCCUCAAAGCGAGGCAGGCUUGUCGGCUGUCAGCAAUGGGCGAUUACGUGGGAUGAUCCCGGCCAUUUGUCUCUUCCUCGGCAUGCUGGUCUUACCGGAAUCCCCCGUUGGCUGGCACGUCAGGACAGAUGGGAAGACUGUCAUCACGUCUUGACUCUCGUUCACGGCAAGCGCGACCCGAACAGCCCCUUUGUAGCUCGUGAGUUGCAGGAGAUCAAGGAUAUGUGCCAAUUUGAACGUCAAAAUGGCGAUGUGACUUUCCUCGAGCUCUUCAAGCCCAACAUGAUCUGGCGGACACAUAUUGGCGUCUUUACGCAGAUCUGGUCUCAGCUUACUGGCAUGAACGUGAUGAUGCUUUACAUCGUCUACGUCUUCGCCAUGGCCGGUCUCAAGGGGUCUAACCUUCUCGUCUCCUCAUCAAUUCAAUACGUAAUCAACGUCUUCCUCACCGUGCCAGCGCUCCUCUACAUUGACCGCUGGGGCCGCCGCAACACGCUCAUGCUCGGCUCUCUCGGGAUGAUGACCAUGAUGUUCGCCAACGCCGGUCUAAUGGCCUCAUAUGGCACCUACGCGGGGCCUAAGGGCGUCGACAACGUCCCCGAAGCAUCCUGGCGACUUAGCGGUCCCCCCUCUAAAGCUGUGAUCGCAUGCACGUACCUCUUUGUGGCAUGCUACGCGCCCUCGUGGGGUCCCGUGUCCUGGAUCUACCCACCUGAGUUAUACCCAUUGCGCGUGCGUGGCAAGGCUGUCGCGCUCACCACGUCUUCGAACUGGAUCUUCAAUUUUGCACUGACUUACUUCGUGCCUCCUGCGUUUGUGAAUAUUCAAUGGAAGGUCUACCUCAUUUUCGGAGUAUUCAAUGCUGCCAUGUUGGUGCAUGUGUUCUUUGCGUUUCCUGAGACGGCCGGGAAGACGCUGGAGGAAGUUGAGGACAUGUUUACUGAUCCGAAUGGCAUAAAGGGGAUUGGGACGCCGGCCUGGAAGACGAGGAAGGCAUAUGGGAAAGCGAGGCUGUUGGAGAGGGGAGAAUUGGAUAGCGAGAAGGCGGCCGCGAUUGAGCGAGAACUCUCUGGUGGAAGUAGGAGCGGGAGUGAUACAAAGAUCGAGACGACAGCGACAAAGGUGGGAUAG